AUGUCGACCGCCGCGCGCUUUACCCUUGACAUGGCGACCUGUCUCUGCAUCGGCUUCGCCAUGUCGUUCAUGCCUCUUGCCUACAUUCUCGGACGCACACUGAUCCCGUCGACACACAUGCGCAACCGGAUCCUGUUCUUCUGGCACGCGUACGACGCUCUGACCCAUCUCUUCAUCGAGGGAUCAUUCCUCUACGAAUGCUUCACCAGCUACACGACCAUCCCUGUGGGAUUCACCCGGGAGCCCUUCUUCCUCGGGCACAAGGACCGAGUCUACGGCGCGGCAUACGGGGUCGGGCCCAGUGCGCGUUUGUGGCAGGAAUAUGCCAAGGCAGAUUUCCGCUGGGCGACCGCGGACCCGAACGUGAUCUCGUUGGAGAUCCUAACAGUGUGUCUGGGGGGACCGGCGGCAGUCUACAUCUGUUAUCUUCUGUGGAGUUGUUCGCGGAGUCAGUCCGGCGCACCAGUUCGAGGAUCCGCUAAGGCGAAAUUGUGGCUGAUUGCGCCGGCACUCGCCACCGCCGAGUUGUACGGUGGGUUCAUGACAUUUGCGCCGGAGUGGCUUACCGCCAGUUCGCAGCUGGCGACGGAUAAUCCGGUGUAUCUGUGGUUUUAUCUCUUCUUUUUCAACACAUUGUGGGUGUUUGUUCCGCUGUGGGUGUUGUGGGAGGGGGGGAAGGAGCUGCGGGUGGCAUUUGUAAAGGCCGAGGGAGAUGACAGGAAGAGGAAACCCUAUAUGAUCCUAAUGGGAUACCUUGUGGAUACCUCAGGCCCUAUGUGUCCUAAACUGGAACAUGCCAAGAACAGCGGCGCCUCCAUCCUCUUCACAAUUCUCUACCUCUUCCCCACCGGCUACCAUCUCUACACAACGAUUCUCGCCCCUCGAAAAUCAACCUACAACCGCGCAGGAUACUUCAUUCCGAUUCUCAUCGGCGCGGGGCUCGAAGUAGCUGGGUAUGCGACCCGAUGCGCGAGCGUGAAACAACCAGACAGUGUAGGGCUCUACGCGACGUCGUCGACGUUGAUCGUGAUUGCGCCGGUAUUUAUCUGCGCGAGUUUAUAUGUUCUUCUGCGUCGAUUGAUCGAGUCUGGAUUUGGAUCUGGAUCCGGAUAUGAGAAGACGGGAUCGAAGACUGUUCUUGGCGUGGUGCGCGUAAAAUGGCUCCCGUGGAUAUUUGUGACUUUGGACAUUAUUAGUUGUUUAACGCAAGGAUCGGGCAGUGGGAUUGCAUCCGCAGGAGACUGGAAAGGGGAUCAGAAAGAUGUGCGCUCGGUUUAUCGCGUCAUAGAAUUCGCUCUGGGCAUUGAUGGAUAUCCAUUUAAUCACGAGUGGCCGCUGUAUGUGCUCGAGGCAGUGCCCAUGCUGGCGGCGAUAACUGUUCUGGGAUGGUAUCAUCCUGGACGGUGGUUACAGACGAGUGCAGCGGAUUUGGAGACAAAUAUCGGACUGUAG